UAUUGCGUGUUUUCGUAAUAAUUUGCUCUUGAAAUGGCGUGGACGUAUCCAGCGCGGCGAGAAAUCACUACAGCAUUGCUGCUGCGUCGUCUACGACGGAGACGGAAGCGGACUAUGUACAUCCGCGAGAUAUUCGACAAGCGGCCUUACAUUGGGCUGUACCACAACCUCGUACAGGAGCUGCGGCAAGCGGAUCCAGAAUACCAUUUCAAGUAUUUCAGGAUGACCAAGGCAUCAUUCGACCGUUUGUUGGGCCUGGUGUACUACAGGCUGCUGCAUCCUCCGAAUCAUAGAAGACCCAGAUCUCCUGCGGAGAGACUAGCAGUCACAUUGAGAUUCCUGGCAACCGGCAGUUCCAUGCAGGGCACCGCCAUCAAUUACUGUAUGCACGUUUCAAUCGUGUCCAACAUAUUGAGCGAGACCCUUUCGGCAAUAUGGGACUGCCUCUCACCACUCGUGUUAAAACCACCAACAACAGCUGAGUGGGAGAAAAUCCGGGAAGUGUACAGCUCUAGGUGGAAUUUUCCGAAUGUCAUUGGAAGUAUAGAUGGCAAACAUUUUGCUAUUCGGUGUCCUGACAAAAGCGGCUCUGACUUCUUUAAUUACAAAGGGUUCUAUUCUAUUGUACUGCUUGCAGUGGCUGAUGCAGAAUACCGCUUUAUUCUAGUUGAUGUUGGGGCUCAAGGGCGAGUAUCAGAUGGUGCAUGUUUCAAUGAAAGUGGUAUCAAGGAACACUUUGAACGUGGAACGCUUGGACUACCUUCAUCAGCCUGUCGGUGGCCUGUUUGUAUGGUUCCCUACCAAGGCAGCUAA